AGCCCCCGGUGGGCCCACGCCGUAAACAUACAAGAUGGCGGCGGCGGCGGCGGCGGCGGCGGCGCCUGGGGCCUUGGGCGCCUUGCAGGCCGGCCGCGCUCGCUUGGUGGCCGCUUGCUGUGCGCGGCUCGGCCCCGGGUGGAGGCUGCCCGGCUCCUUGACGGGCCCGCGGGUCGGCCCAGCGAUGUGGGCCCGGGGCUGGGCGCCCGUGGCCGGGGGCUCAGCCCCGCGGAGGGGCUACAGCUCUGAGGUGAAGACGGAGGACGAGCUGCGGGUGCGGUACCUGGAGGAGGAGAACCGAGGAAUUGUGGUGCUUGGAAUAAACAGAGCUUAUGCCAAAAACUCAUUCAGUAAAAAUCUGGUAAAAAUGCUCUCAAAAGCUGUGGAUGCUUUGAAAUCUGAUAAGAAAGUACGGACCAUAAUAGUCAGGAGUGAAGUUCCAGGGAUAUUCUGUGCUGGUGCCGACCUUAAGGAGAGAGUCAAGAUGAAUCCCAGUGAAGUCGGUCCUUUUGUCUCCAAAAUAAGAGCGGUGAUUAAUGAGAUCGCUAAUCUUCCAGUGCCGACGAUUGCAGCAAUAGAUGGACUUGCUCUGGGGGGCGGCCUUGAGCUGGCCCUAGCAUGUGACAUACGUGUAGCAGCUUCCUCUGCGAAAAUGGGCUUGGUUGAAACAAAGUUGGCAAUUAUUCCCGGUGGAGGGGGGACGCAGCGCCUGCCGCGCGCUAUCGGGAUAUCGCUGGCCAAAGAGCUCAUCUUCUCUGCCCGCGUGCUCGAUGGCCAAGAAGCCAAAGCGGUGGGCUUGAUCAGCCACGUUCUAGAACAGAACCAGGAGGGGGACGCCGCGUACCGCAAGGCCUUGGACCUAGCAAGAGAGUUUUUACCCCAGGGACCUGUUGCGAUGAGAGUGGCAAAAUUAGCAAUUAAUCAAGGGAUGGAGGUUGAUUUAGUAACAGGAUUAGCCAUAGAAGAAGCUUGUUAUGCUCAGGUGCAUUCUCCAGGCAGUGAGAGAGCAGGGCGCCCGGCAGGGGGAAUUGAGGUUGCCGAGGACAGCCCAAGACGUGGAGCUCGAGCUGUUGGGGCCAGACCCCAUCGUCCUGUUCCUGCAGCGCGAGGCCAGGAAGACAAGGCUCUUGAGGUGGACGCUUCAAUCAUUGAUAUCAGACUCUCCCUCUUUUCUAACGCAGGCACUGAAACCUGUAGAAGCCCCUUUCGUCACGGCCUUCGCGGCACCCCAUUUUGAUAUGAUGGAUUUUCACUACCACUUGGGCUUGAGAUAUUUUCUAAGUUAUUUGCAACUUCCUUUUUUAAAACGUGUGUUAUUUAGAAGUGUAUCCUUUAGUUUCCAAAUAUUGGAGGUUUUCCUGGAUACCAUUUAGCUAGUGAUUCCUAAUUUAAUUCGGGUGAGAUCAGAGAAUCUGCGUCAUGUACUUAACAGACCUUCUGAAUUUUUUGAGACUUGUGCCGUGUGUAUGUAGGUUUUUACGUGUACCUGAAAAGAAUACGUGAUGAUGUAGAAAUAGCAAUUAGGUUGAAGUAAAUGGCGGUGUCCAGUUCUACGUGCCUACGGACACUUUUUCGAACUGAUCGACACACUGCUGAGAGAGGAAGGUUAACAUCUCUUACUGUGAUUGUGCAAUUGUUUUUUUUUUCUUUUUCUAGAAAAUUAAGCAAAAUAAAAAAAGAAAGGGACUUCUUUCAUCUGAUAAAGGGCAUCUGUGAAAAACCUAGAGUUAAUACUAUACCUACUGUUGAAAUAGUGAGUACUUUCUCUCUAAGAUCAGGAAUCAGAUAAGGAAGCAUGCUCUCUCUUAUCACUGUAGUCAUCUCCCUAAGAACUAUGGCUGUAAAACAAAAAAAAAA